GGAUGGUUCGCAUCCUCCCUGAAGAAAGCAACGCGUGCGUGGAUUCUGCCGAAGACCAAUCCAAGAAGAAGUGAAAAGUGAACAAAUUGCACUGUAAUUCGAAUUCCUUUCUUCAAUUAGUGCACAUACAAUGAACGGUCAUCAUCGCAAGAGGAAGUGGCAAGCUGGGCGCGGUGAGGAUCUCACCCCCGACGACCGUAUUGAACUGAUUGCCGAGUUGAUGGCUAAACUAGACGGCGUCGAUUUCGUCGCCGACUUUUUCCACAUCCGUCGACUGAAACUACUGAUCACCGACUGCCUGCCCGACCGCAAGGAGCAGCUGCUACGCAUUCUCAUAGGCUAUGUGAACCGGCCCCCCAGCCCGGCCACAGCUAGCUACGCCAAAAUUGUGAGUCUCCUCAGCAACGACUUUGGUUCCCUGAUGGUCGACUGCAUCCGCGCCCUGAGGUCGGUCCAAGAGAAGGCACUCAUCGAUGGAAAGUGGGACAACGCGCACGGCCUGGAGUACUUCUUCGCCGAGCUAAGCAAGUGACUUAGCAUAGAAGGGCCCUGGCUAUGCAGUUUGAUCACUGCACUGCCCCUGUUCGGCCACGAUACGUUGUACAUAUCAAACUCUCGGUAAACAAAACAUAGCAUACUCAAUAACACGAGCCUAACACACGAGGCUAACAAACGAGCCUAA